GGCCGUGCGUCUGACCGGGAGCAGAGAAACGACCGAGCUGCAGCAGACACUUGGACAUUACACUGUACACACCACGACAACAACAACAACAACAGUCGGUGCGCCGUGAACGCAGCACAGCAGCAGGACCGAAUCCACGCAGUUAUUUUCUAGCUGAGGCAAAGAGGAGAGUCAAAGUUUGGUGGAAAAUGCAGUCCGUGUACCAGCACCUCAUCAGCCUGCUGUUCGUCUUCGGCAGCCUGCACGUUGACCAGCUGACGGAGGGCUGUUCGUGCGCCCCGUGGCAUCCGCAGGACGCCUUCUGCAACUCCGAGAUAGUGAUCCGGGCUAAAGUGGUGGGAAAGAAACUCCUGCGGGAUGGACCUUUUGGAACCAUGCGGUACACAGUCAAGCAAAUGAAGAUGUACAAAGGCUUCGACAAAGUGCAGCACGUGCAGCACAUUUACACCAGCGCCUCAGAGAGUUCCUGUGGCGUGAAGUUCGACAUCAACAAGUACCAGUACCUGAUCACAGGGCGAGUGUACAACGGCAAGGUUUACACCGGACUGUGCAACUUCAACGAGCAGUGGGAUCGACUCUCUUUGGCUCAGAAGAAAGGCAUCAACCAUCGGUACCAGCUGGGCUGCAACUGCAGGAUUAAAGCCUGCCGCUACCUGCCCUGCUUUGUGACAUCCAAGAACGAGUGCCUAUGGACGGACAUGCUGUCGCACUUCGGCAACUCCGGCUACCAGUCCAGGCACUACGCCUGCAUCCAACAGAAGGAGGGCUACUGCAGCUGGUACCGAGGCAUGACCGCCCGCGACAAAACCAUCAUAAACGCCACCGACCCCUGAGUAUGGACACUGCCUUGCCUGAAACCCACUGUUGCGUCCCUAACUCCGUCCCUCCCCCUGAUCACCUCGCAGAGUAUUUCGGGACUCUUAAAGCUGGCUGGUCUGGAGGACUGCUCCUCCUGAAGAAGCGUAAACGAUAAAAGAUUGAAUCUAUUUCUAUGCCUGUUUAGUGGAACACCUUAUAGAAAUCAAUACCUCUGUGGUUCUGCAGAGGCCCAAUUAAAACGCUUCAGUGGUUCCAGUCCACUCUUCAUAGAUAAGAACAGCGUGCAGAGUACUAUUUAGCCUUUAAAUAUCUUUCAUUUGAUUUCAUUGCCUUAUGCAGGAUGGAUAAACUCAUUAUAAAAUUAUUGUUGUCACUGCUUCGGGACGACCAAAGGAAACGCAUCAGAAAUUGGCCAUAAAGCUAUUAGCUAUGGUGUAAUAAUAAUUGGAUGUAAUUAGCAUCUCAUGAUCCCCGGCAGAAAUGACACCAGAAAUGUUUAGCUUCAAAAUGACUUAAUCCUCUAUAAUGAUUGUGUUCAGUUUUUCUGUAAUCUGUCUGUCCCACGGACGGUCGUGGAUUCGACCGAUUAUGCGAAUCCCACACGGCAAUUUUGCUCUCCGACCACUGACAAGAAUCUGCAACAGUGCACAGUAAACGUCAUGCGUUACAGCGGCACCACAGGGAGGAGCUAAUUUCCCUCGGAGGUGGCGAUAUUUUUUUUUUUUUUUGCUGUAUAUAACAUAAGCUAAAGAAACCUCUGUAUUACAUUUAUUUAUGGUGAAUGCAUUAGUGGUAUUUCUGCAAAAAAAAAAAGACAGGCCAGUAGUGGCUGCGAUCAAGGCCCGUCCUGAAUGAAGAACCAGCAUCUGCAAAUUAUAUAUCACGGUACUUUUUAUGCUUGAUUAUAGUCGACUGGUGGUAACACUCCACCGAGUACAGUAAGAACAGAGGUUUCGGGUAAAAAAAAAAAAAGAUUUAUUUUGUAAGUCUAUAUUCAAUUUUUUUAUUUAACUAUUUGAAAUGGACAUCAUUAUAUAUAUACAUAUAUAUAUAUAUAUGAAAAUAAUGAUAAUAUGUCACGCUCCCUUGUUUGUACACGUGGGAAUGAUCACGUAUGUUUUUCUUGUCCUGUGCAGUACCUUCAGUCCAUUCCAUUACCAGACACAGAUCUGCCUCACGGUGAGAAGCAGCACAUUUAUCACACAAAUCAACGGUUCUAACACUCCAAACCAAUACUGUUCUGUUCCACGGCGAUGUCAACACUCAUAUUCAUUCCAUGCCGGCACAAAUGUUCCAACCACGUACAACUCUCUGACGUAUUCGGUGGGGGGAGUGGUUAGAGAGAAUUUGUAUUUGAGUAUGACAAUCUUCUAGUUUGAAUUUACUCACAAUUUUCUGACUGAAACCUGCGCCUUUUUAGUUGAACACAACACUGAUUUACCAGCAGAAAUUGAAGAAAAAUACACACAAAGAUCUUCAACAGCUCUAAGUCUCUUUUGUUUUGUUUUUAUGGCCAUCUGCUACACCCUAGUGUCGCAUAGACAAACAAAAACAAAUUAUUUGCAGUAAAUAAAUAAUAGUUUUCAGACCAAUUAGGUGAAAUUGGAUAAUUAUCCAUGGUCCACCUGAUGAUCCCUCAUGGCCCACAAAUGUGCCACAGCACAGUGGUUGGGAAUCAUAAAAGUUGACGAUCAGUGAAUGAAAAUAACUUCAUGUGGGAGAAAGUAUUUCUGCUUCUAUUAAAAUAAAAUAAAAAUUCAACAAGGGCAGAAGACGUGACCAAGAGUUCUGGUCCAGAGUCACGAUCAACUCCAUCAGGCUCCGACAGCAGGAUGGAGUUUGUCACGGCGUUUAUUAGCAAUGCGUCAUAGCCUUAUUGAACACAGUUACUGGCUUUGAUACAAAGGCUGUCCCUCCCACUGUGGUAAUUCUGUGUCAGUGUUUUUGUUUUGUGUUUUUGUAAAUACACUGUCUGCUUAACACAGAAAGACUCGGUCAAACUUGAUCCUUAAAAAAAAA